UCAUCCCUUUGUGUUAGUGUUGUUGUUGAUGUUUGCAUUUCGCCGGCUUUUAGUGAGCUCAAUUUUCGGCCCUGGUUUUCGGCCCAACGAAUCGUUGAUCUUAAGAAUUUCCUCUGCGAAUCAAUUGAAGAUGAGUUGUUCUCCAGCGAAGAAUCACAACAAGGAGCUAUGCGACAUGCUCAAAGAACUGGCCGAGUAUGAGUUGGCCGUGAACAAGAACACCUUCAAGAGUCAUGCUUACAAACAGGCGGCCUCCACCCUGGCGCACCUGGACAGGAAAAUCUCCUCAGGCUCCGAGGCAAAAGAACUCAAAGGAAUCGGCGAUAAGAUCAGCAAGAAGAUUGACGAGUACCUUUCCUCCGGCACCAUGCAAAAGCUGGAAACUAUCCGCAAGGACACCCCCAGCGAGGCCAUAAUUCAUCUGUCCAGAGUGCACGGAAUUGGUUCUGCAAAAGCUCAUGACCUGGUCAAUGAGCAUGGUGUGACUUCAAUCGAGCAGCUGCGAGAACGCCAGGACGAACUCAAUCUCACUCAUCAUCAACUGAUUGGGCUCAAGUACUUUGAGGAUUUUGAGAAGCCUGUGCCCAGAGAGGAAAUUUCCGAGGUCGAGAAGGUGGUCUUGGACCAAGUUGCUAAGUUCGACCCUGAGCUGAAGGUGACCUUUUGCGGAAGCUACAGGCGCGGAAAACCUGAGAGCGGGGAUGCCGACAUCCUGAUCACCAAGCCAAGCUACAUUUCGACCUGCAACAAAAAGGAGGGCUCGGAAAUUCUGCACAACUUCAUAAAGGAGCUGGAGAAAAUCCACCUGAUCACUGACCAGAUUUCUCUGGGCGACGUCAAAUUCAUGGGCGUUUUCAACGUGCACAAGGUCAAAGGUCACAAGCACGGAGAAAAGGGUACUUUCCGACGCGUGGACAUCCGUGUGUGUCCCAGCGACCAGUACUACUGCCACAUGCUCCACUUCACAGGCAGCAACCUGUUCAACCAGAACAUCCGUCACCAUGCUCACUCGAAGGGAUACACCCUGAACGAGUACAGUCUCAGACCUGUUGGAACCACCGGCACUCCUGGUGCUCCGGUCAUCGUAAACUCAGAGAAGGACAUAUUUGAGUAUUUGGACUUCCCGUACAAGGCUCCUGAGGAUCGAGAUGACUAAUGUCGAGAAAGAAGACUGGCAUUUUUUUUUAAAUUCCAUGAAGUAAUUUUGAGACUGAGUCAGUAUUAUUCAUUUGUGGAUCUCAAUUUUUUUGAUUGCCAGGACAUUUAAUGAUUUAAUACACAACAAAUUUAGUAGAUAAGUAACAAGAUUGAAUUACAUUAAGGUGCGUUAAGGAAUAAUUUUCAUAAUAAAUGACCUGC